AUGGAAGAGCUCGUGUCGAAAAUCAAGGAGAAAGUCAAGGCUGCCAAUGACAGUCUGAAUCACGCAAGGUACAACUCAACGAUGCUGCACAGGCUGUGUCAGGAAAUGAUGAAGAUCGUAGGCCUCUUGGUGCUGCCCACUGAAGAUUCUCAGAAGGACUGCUUGAUGUUUCUGAGAGAUGCUGCAGCAGAGGCUUCUGUGUUGGUGAGAGAACAUGCAAGGCCAUUUGACCUGGGCACAUACCUCAAAGUGGACGAUGUCAGGCACAAAGUGGAGUCCUUGUGCCUGACGGCCAGAGCGUGUCUGCUUGAGCUGGGCCUGGAAGAGGACAGGGUGGACAUCAGGACGAAACUGGAUGCCAGUGCUGUGGAGGAAGACAAACAGUACACGUACUGGUACCUCAGCUGCAUAUUGCAGGGGACUGCUGUGGACAGGCCGCUGUCAGCAGAAUCUAGGCGUGAACUGGAAGCGCUGAUUACCAGGCAGAGACAUCGGAUGGAGUUCGUUAACAUCAUACAAGAAGAAGAACUUCAGCUUGAGGGGCAGAUCGGUGAGGGUGGCUUCGGCGAGGUUUUGAAAGCUAGGUGGCAAGGGAGGGCUGUGGCUGUGAAGAAACUUCGAAAGGACCUCAGUCCAGAGACACGCGCCGGGUUCUACACUGAAGUCGGGUUACACAUCCAGCUGCAGCACCCCAGCGUGGUGCGGUGUUUUGGCGCAACCCGGACAAAUGCAAUCGUGAUGGAGCUGGCUUCUACUGACCUGGAGAAGUUCGGCUGGCAGAAUGGUGCAAACCUCACAUGGCGGCAGAAGGUUCAGCUGAUGCUGAGCGCAUGUGCAGGCUUGAAGCAUCUUCACAAGCGCAUGGUUGUGCACAGGGACGUCAAGACCUGCAAUUUCUUGUGUUUCGAGGGUCUGGCAGGUCACCUACCCACUGUGAAAAUUGGGGACUUUGGUCUGGCAGUUGUGAAGGCGGAGACGCGGUCGAAGAUGGGAGGUCCACAGCAGGGCACGGUCUUGUGGAUGGCACCAGAGAUCAUCGAUGGAGCCCCCGAGAGCUUUGCCUCCGAUGUAUUCAGCUUUGGAUUGGUCCUCUUUGAGCUGGUGACAACAUCACAACCCUACAGGAACCUAACGAUGCCCCAAACCAAAUUGAAAAAGGAGCGUGGGGAGGACCCAUGCAUGAUUCCAGACAGUUGUCCCAGAGCCCUGACAGAACUGCUGAGGCAGUGCAUCAGACCAGUGCCACAGCAGAGACCAACGAUGGAGGAAAUUGAGAAGGGGCUUGACAAUAUUCUUAAAGAG